UGGACAGCUAGCAUGUUUAGCUGCUUGCUCUCUCAGGUGCAACCGUUGUCAUUUCAAAACAAACUUGGAAUGAAUCUUAUGGAGUAAGCCUUGUUCGUCGGUUUCCUCACUGAAUUAACGGAGACAGAGGGACUGCUGUAUGUCUUCUCUGCAACAACUUGUCUGUGGCUUUGCCAGGGGAGUGACAUGGGGGGCGUGCUAUCCUGGGCGGGUCCUUCUUUCUCGCGGCUCCACUGGGUGGCCACGCGUUCAGACCGCAGGGAAAAAAGACUGCCUGGAACUCCCUGUUCUAAAUGAAGACGAACUGGAAGAGCAGUUUGUAAGGGGAUCAGGGCCAGGUGGACAGGCAACUAACAAAACCAGCAACUGCGUAGUGUUGAAGCAUAUACCGUCCGGUAUCGUUGUGAAGUGUCACCAGACCAGGUCAAUGGAGACAAACAGGAAGCGGGCCAGAGAAAUUAUGCAGGAGAAGCUGGAUGUCUUCUACAAUGGAGAAGACAGCAACGUUCUUAAGCAGAAGAAGAAUGCAGAAUGGCGCAAAAAGGAGAAGAAGAGAAAGGCAAAGGAGACUCUGGAAAAAAAGAAACUAUUUAAAGAGAUGGUCAUAGCAGAAACCAGGAAAAGCGAGGAGACAAGAUGAGGCACAGCCACUCAAUCCAGGAAGACAAACUGCUUCUUCAUUUUCUUUGUUGUUUUUCUCUACUGUCCAAAACGCAUCAUAAACUAUGGUGGCGUACUGAAAAAAAAAAACAGUUGAAAUAAAUGUCACACAUCACCUGCACAGCUAAUGUGUGAGAUGGAAUCUAUUAUUGUAUUCGAAACAUUCAAAGACUUGAUAAAUAAAUUGCCAUCACAGCCACUUUAAUGAAAAUACGUUUUAUUACACUGAGUAAUAAAUACAUACAAAGAUGCAAAUAAUGGCUUUAUUACAACAGUUUAUCCAAAUCUGGUGUGUGG